UUCACACUUUCACACUCGCUGCACCGUCUCCUUCCUCAGAAAGAGAAGCCCGAGGAAGAAAUGCGUGGGCGCCAACGAGCACAGGACGCAGCUGCCGCGUCUCGAGCCUAGCUGGGUCCACAUCGCCAUGGCGGCGUCGGCACCGGCGGCGGCUGGGGUUGGGGGAGGAGGGGACCGCGACCUCCCCCUCGAGGAGGUGAACGCCCUCCUCGCCUCCUUCUCCAGCGACCCGCCGCUGCCGGCGCCGGUGGUGGAGGCAGGGACGACGUCGCGGGAGCAGGUGGCCCCUGGGGAGAGCCUCGGGGUGCGUAUGGGCGAUGUCGAGAGGUUCCUCAUGGAGGACGACGCGGACGAGGCGCCGGUGGACGGGGUUGGGGUUGAUGAGUUCUUGGACGGCAUCCUUGCGGGCGAGGAUGAUAGGAGCCCCUUGGGAGGGACGAGCAUGGAUGGGGAGGCGGUAGGUGUGGAUGCCGAUGAUGAUCCCAACAGCAAGAAGAAGAGGAGACAAAUGAGGAAUAGGGAUUCUGCUAUGAAAUCGAGGGACAGGAAGAAGUUGUAUAUUAAAGAUCUGGAGAUGAAGAGUAAGUAUUUGGAAGCGGAGUGCUGCCGCCUAAGCUAUGCCCUCCAGUGCUGCACUGCUGAGAAUGUGGUGCUUCGCCAGUGUUUGCUGAAGGAUAGGCCAGUUGGUGCUCCCACAGCCAUGCAGGAGUCUGCCGUACUCACAGAAACCCUGCCGCUGGUUUCCCUGCUUUGGCUAGUGAGCAUCGUGUGCCUAUUCCCGAUGCCCAGCAUUCUCAACAGAAGCCCGGUGGCUCCAAGCAGCCUCGAAAGAGAUCCCGUAAAGUUGGCCAGAAUGGCAACAAACGGGGUAGAGAUGACCAGAAUGACGACAAACUGUAUAAAGAUGACUGGAACAACAACGAACGGUGAUGCCCAUGGGACUCUUGAACUCAUUUGCCAUGGCAGACGCUGCAAGGGCAGGAGGGCGAAGAUGAAGGUCCCUUGGUUGCCAUGGCAUGUAGCAGCAGCUUGCUAGGCUGCCGGUCAUCUUGUAAAGCUGAACAUGUUGGCACUUGGGAUGCCUGCCUGCAGCCUUGUAGCGGCUCUAAUGUUCCGUUCUUUUCUUGACACUUAUAUGGUUGAAGAAAUGUAGUAGUUGCUUAUAAUGGUUUGCUAACUAUGCACACCACCAUUCUUAGGUGGAGAUGAUAACAGCAGAUAGUAUCAAAAGAUGGAUUAGCUAGCUGGGUGACCACAGUUGCUGAAGCCCGGAACCUUUCAAUCUUUAGUUUUUCUUUUUCUUCUGAAACUAAGUGAAGCUCGGUGAAGAUGAUUCUGCGUUCAUGAAAUAAAAUUCAUAUAGUUCCUGGUUCA